CGUCCUCCUUCGUCCCUUUCGUCCUCCUCCUCGCGAACAGCACGGCAAUCGGGAGAGAUGAGCGACCAGGAGGACCUGGAUUAUUACAUCAUGUUCCCGCCGUUCCCGCCGUCUUCGAAGGAUCCGACGCUGACGACGACCGGGCAAGAUCAACGGGAAGAGUUUGUGUUCGUGUACGAGGAGGAUAAGCGACCGGUGGUUGUCCUACUAGGAUGGGCCGGCUGUCAAGACCGAUACCUGGCCAAAUACAGCGCGAUCUACGAGGAGAAGAGUUGCAUCACGCUGCGUUAUACCGCGCCGGUGGAGUGUCUGUUUUGGCGCAGGAAUAAGAUGCCUUAUAUCGGCAAGCGGCUGCUGCAGGUGAUCACCGACAAGCGGCUGGACGAGCACCCGAUAUUCUUCCACGUCUUCAGCAACGGCGGCGCCAUCCUCUACCAGCACGUCAGUCUCGCCAUGCAAAAGGCCAAUACGCCGUUCAAGGUCAGAGGAGUGAUAUUCGACAGCGCGCCCGGCGAGAGAAGAUUAACGGCACUCUUCAAGGCGAUCAGCGCGAUCAUCGGCGGCAAUCCCCUCACGAACUUGCCGAUGUCCUUCGUCAUCACGUUCUUCAUCUCCGUGCUGUGGUUCUUCGAGGUGAUCGCGCAGGCCUUCAGCAGAACUCCCAUCCAAACGAACCCGAUCGCCCUCGCCGAGGAAGCGUACUCUUGGCCUCAACUGUUCUUGUACUCCAACAGCGACACUCUGAUCCCAGCGUCCGACGUCGAGAAAUUCGCCAGUCGCCGAGCCGAGCACGGCGUGCGAGUACAGCUGGUGCUGUUCACCAACUCGCCGCACGUCAAGCACUACGCGACCUACCGCGACGUCUACGUCAACACGGUGUGCAGCUUUGUCCACGAAUGCCUGACCUCGCCGAACGCGUCCAGAAGCCUGCUGUCGUCCCUGGACCGCGGCGACGAGCGCGGUUCGCAGAGCUACGACGCGCCGCCCGGGCUCAUCAAGCGCGUCGUGCUGCCGCACGAGGCCACGAAGCAGCAGAAUUAGAGCGCUGGGCGGAGGUUUAAUAGGUAGAAUAGAGUGCGAGCAGCCUGCUGGGACCCCAGCCGAGAGACCCCGAGCAGCUGCGAAGGGAGAGAGGAUUGUUCGCAUCCCCGUAUCGUAUCGCGUAUACGCACAGAAACCACCGCGGAGAAGCAGACAAGCUUGAAAAGCGAGCCUCGUAGAAUUCAUUCGGCGAGUUUCCUGGUCCCAAGCCGCGCUGGGGGAACAAAAUUCCUGCUUCUUCGUUAUUUAUUUUUUAUUUAUUUUUUCCACUUUACUCUUAUUUAUUUAUUUAUUUUCUCUUACUGCAACGUUCCCUUCCGCUCGUUGUGUUCUCGUCGCUCCAACUGCCGUUUGUGAUUCUGUCUGAUGGGACGGUUGUGUUACUAGGAUGUCAGAGAGUACCUCAGAAACCCGCAGAAAGUUGAGUCGCGCUGAGGCGUAUCGCCUAUCGGAUAAUGACCACAGUUGGCGGGAAAAGAACCCUCAGAAUGAAUUUGCCGACCGGCAGGGAUCAGGGAGUCGACCUUGCGGCUUUUGUGAAUUUACCAGGAUCCUUUUCGAUCCACUCGUUCGGCGCAGGGAGACGAUGUUCGAGAUGCUGGAAACGGUGCUACGUUCGUCGAGCUAUUUUAUACGAAGGUGCUUAUCUCAUUCCGCCGAGCGAAGAAGUCACUUCUCGAAUCACACACGCUUGGCGCACCGAGCGAGAACGCACACACACACACACACACACACACACACGGUGGCGUAAGAUCUUCCAGAAAAGGAGGGAAAACCAAAGAAAAAAAUGCCACCGCGCGCUCGGAGCGCGAAAAUUCGCGCACAUUCUUCCAGCCGCCAUCCGACUCCUGCGAGCACGAGCGGCUUGCGGAACGUCGUGCGUUCGCGCGCAAUUGACUUCUCGCCAACGAUUCCCGAGGCCUAUUUCGCUUCGACGGCAGCGACGACGGUGUCCUCGAAGAGUCAAAGCCGAGAUCACCCCGGACGAGCUCGCACUGUUCGCGGCAUCGUGAGCCUCGUCAGAGAAUUCGCCGCGACCAUCGCGAAGACAGCGGGGAACAGCCGGAUAUCUCACGUCCUCUCUCUCCUUCGCCUUCGUCCCUUCCUGCCCACCCCCUAUACGUUGUCCCUGUGUCAGCUUGAUUCUUCGUUCGUAUCUUCCGUUCCGACCUCUUCCGCCACCGAUAUGCCCGAGCGACCACGCGGAUCCCUUUAGAAGCUUCGCAAGUACUCGUAGUCUCACGGACGCGCUCGUCCUUCACGCGGCUCUCUCGCCCGCGCAGGACCCAACGACUCUCUCGUUGGCCGGACGUCGAGGCGCGACAAUGUAGGGUGUAACGGUCAACUCGCGCUAAUUUCUAGGACGAGAUCUCUAUAGGAAAGUCGUACGUAAUGAAUAAUAUCGCGCAGUGUUGUUGCUUUCACACUCUUUACAUCUCUCUCUCUCUCUCUCUCUCUCUCUCCCCCUCUUUAUACUACGUGAGAAGAACCCGCACAAAAGGAUCAAGCUGGACUUGAUUUGAGCUUUCGCAACUCACGGCCCGAUUGCAUGGCAUUUAAUAUCGACUAAGAAACUACGAGCGCAAAACAUUUUCCUUGUAUCUCAAAUUAUAUCAGUGAUAAACGAGGCCCGGCGCGAUCCCGUCGCCUGGGGGUUUAGCUGUAUCGGAUGUCGUCGUAAAGGACGACAUCUAUACAUAUAUAAAUAUAAAUAUAUAUAAAAAUAAUAUAAUAUAUUUUGAUCUGUCGAUUAGUUACACGAAUAAAGACUGAUAAAUAUCUGCGA